UUGAAGCACUUGGUCUAUGGCACGCCCCAAACCGAGAAGCCCAAGGCACCGCGACGCCAUUCCCAUACCGAGAAUGGACGAUCUCCGCAAGCAUCGCGACCACGAAUGACGCGACCGAGAAGCACCAACGAUGCGACAACAAUGGGCAGACUCGGCGAGGCAGUCGCCCUGGAGCCUCCUGCUUCUCCUACCAAGGGAAUUUUGAUGACUCCAGGCACUGCAGGAGGCAAGAGAAAGACCGUCACGUUCCCAGACAACGUGGUCGACAAUGAGGAGAAGCGGCCGACAAAGACGGGGCUGCCGGAGGACUGUCCUGGAAAGUUUCCCAGUCCAUGGACGAAGUCUACAACAAGCGGAGAACACGUGGAAGACUCUGCGCAGAGGAUGGGAGGUCGCAGCACGAAGCUCACUGAAGCAUUGGAGCAUGCGCGGGAUGAGAGCUCCACGAGGCGCAAAGUCCGGCUGGGAAGACCAGAGAAGCUGCAGGAUGAUCCGGAUGCGACACUAGACUUGGCUGAUCCAGUGUCCGACUCGGGGAAAUACUGGAAAAGAGAGUACGACCUGUAUCGCGAGAGAACUACGGCCGAGGUUAAGAAGCUCGUUGCCAAGCAGAAGCUCGCGAAGAAUUACGCACGGGACAAGGACGAUGAAUGUUUGGACUUGACAGAUGAGCUGAGGCAGGAGAAAAAGAAGGCCGACAAGCUGCAAAGACGGACUGAAGAUCUUGAGACCCAAUUGAAGGAGCUCCAGGAAUUGCUGAAGAAGAGCAAAGCUGCGGAGCAGAUGGCCAAAGACGAGCUGGAGCAAAUCAAGCGCGGUUUGGGUACGAGUGGCUCUAGGCGACCUGCCGAGACGGGUACGAGUGCAGCUUUUCCCAGCAAGACUGAGUCGGAAGUCAAACCUUGGAAGGGUGCUUCAGCUUCAGCAAAUGGGGCAAUGAGUGGAAGCGAACACCAACGUAAUCAAGGACUACAGUCGGCAACAGAGCAAACGGAGCGUGCAAAACCAAGGCGUAGACUGCGCGAUCUACACUCCAAGCACUCCACUUCCACAAUGGAACCCGCCAAGCCCGAGCCAGCACGUCCGUCUUCAAGGGACAGUCGCGCCGUCACCAGCGGCACAGGCGCAACACCAUUACAGACACUCAGCAACAACAGCAGCGAUAUGCCAAAGGACGCUCUCUCCUUAGCCAUAUCAAUGGGACUCCAACCCCGCGCAUCACCUACCACUCGAGACAAACGACAAGACUCCCCCUUGCAGUCCACAGAACCACCACUCAUCCACCCCGACGAACUUUCCAUCUCUCUCCCUUCCAGCCCUUUCCACCCGGAUGCAACAAUGGAUCAUACUCAGCCUCCUUCCUCUCCCACGGUAGAGAGAUCUGCCGCGAAGAAGGAACGUCAGCAACGAGUAGCAAUGGGAAGUCAGAACAACAACAAUACGAAAGAGAACGUUCGACCAAAAUCCAAAGAUGGUGGAGCAGAGAAACCCUCGGCCGCGUGGGGUGCAAUGUCUCAUGUCCAGCUUCCUCCUCCUCCUGUUCCUGUCGUUUCUGGUGAGAAUGGUAACAGUAGUAAUAACAAUAAUAAUAACAACAGUAUUAAUAUUAAACGUCUGAAAGCACUCGAGUUGGCACGGGCGAGAUUGGCGGCGAGGGGGAGGAAUGUUUCGUGAUGACUCGGGGAUGUGAGGUGGAGAGGGUGAAAAAGUCAGGUAUACCUUACCUUUACUUUUGAUUUGGAUUUUUUCAACUUUCGUUGUGUGGAGAGAAGGAAGGAAAGAAAAGAAGAGUGAGAGAAAGGAAAGAAAAGAAGGAACUAAGGAAGAGAAAACUAUGCGUAUACCCUUACAUUUUCCCGAUCAUUAGGCACUUUACUUCGCUUUACUUCGCUUCGCUUUACUUUACUAUAGUCUUGUCGAAUGCAGCAAAGAACUAC